ACUCCAUAUUGGGAAGUGUGGAUGUAAUUGACAAUUCAGCGCCAUCAAUACUGAAAAUAAUAUCACUUAAAAUAAAAAUAACAAACAACUGUUAGGAUAAAUAAAUAAAUAACCGAAAACGUGUGUAUUAAUAACCUUAAUUUAGUGUUGCCAUAUCUGUAAAACUAUUUCAAUAUCCAACCAAUUUCUAGACAAGAGUGACAGUCCAGUCCUCUAGUCUAAAAAAUUAGAUUGGUUUUCUUGUUGCGUCGCGAUUUUAUUUGUGAUCGUGCAAACAUUACAUCCGAGAAGUAAUUGUUAAAAUUUUACUGUAAGUAGUUUGUUUUUCAAGUUACUCAACGGACUGUAGAAAGUUUUGGCAGAGGGAAACGCAACGAUGGCAUUGCGAGUUCAUUUCUCCGUUUCCUAAAGUAUACCCUUACCAAUCAUAAUAUAAUACAACACAAUCAAGAUGAUGUCGUCGGGGCAGGAGUUGUUUUCUUUGUACGACAGCUCACCUGAUACGCUGUUCGACAUUAGUAUGAAUUACAUCGUUAAUAAUCUAAAUAUAAUUACGACAUUGGAUCCGAACACUCGAUGGCGUAAGUUGAAAGACGAUGUGAUUCUACCCUCAGAGAUUUGUGAAAAGUUCUUGGAGGCAUACCAGAAGAGCAACAGAGUAAGUGAUAGCAUAGCGAACAUAUUCCGAGACCGAACGCGCACCAGGCUGUCCGUGGUGAGACUUCGCAACUCGCGCAUCACGGACGAGGGGUUCCGCUGCCUCAUGGAGCACAAGCCGUUCGAGCUCGAAGUGGUCCAGUGCGAGUACCUCAGUCCUAGCUCCCUGGACAUAAUAAACAGCAACAGCCAAAACCUAGUCUCUCUAAAAGUGGGGCCUCUAACAUAUGUUCUCUCACAAGACGAAACUCUCUUCCGGCAGAGAGGAUAUAUAAUUGAUGCGCCUAAUUUGAGACGGCUCACCCGCCGAGGCCUGGCAGUAUUUCCACUACUGCUUUUAAAGUCACUGACUAAUCUGACACACUUAGACUUGUCUAAGACCACAUCGUCGAGCACCAUUUGGGUUUUAAAAGAUAUGAAAAACCUGCGAUCUUUAAUUUUGCACAGUGUGCACUGGACAAAGGAUGUUAUUGAUUGGAUAGCCACCUUGCAUACUUUAAGACAUUUGGAUAUCUCACAGUCUAAUGAUAGGCACGGGAAAUAUUUCAAACCAAAUGAUGUUUUGGCUAAACUUAUAAACAAUCUUACGCUUUUGGAAUCCCUGGAUAUAUCAGGGACUAAUCUGGCAGGCUCUGGGGCGGCAGCAGUGUCCAACAGUGAAGGUACUUCAGAUAUUGACCAAGUGAGGUGUGAUAUACCUGGCUUAGCUGCCCGUGUCAACAGGCCUCUGGAGUUUCUGGGCCUGUAUGGGACACACCAUGGAGCUUGCAAAAGGCAUGACAUUCCUGCCAAAGUGAUAACGGGUGAUGCCAAUGUGGAACAAAUCUUGACUGCUGCAGCUGCAUACAUGGAAAGGCCAGCUAUUCUUACACGCGUCCUCAAUGACCUUUAUUACUUGUUCCGCUAUGAGAACAAUGCUUACAUAGGCCGAGCACUGGCAGUGGUUCUAGAUGCAAUGGAUCAACAUGUUUCAGAAAAACAUAUACAGAUAUCUGGCAGUGCAACACUUUUCUACAUAGUCAAAGGGAAAGAAAAAGGGCGAAUAGGUAUCAGGCUUAAAAAGCGAAUAAUCACUGCUCUCUUAGACGGAAUGGAAGCUCACCUUGGUGAUGACACAAUGAUGAGAAAUGGCUGCCUCACAUUGUGCCAGUUCAAAAUACCAACAGAUGUUUUAUUUGAAUACGAGAGGGUAGUGCAAAUCCUGCUGAAUGGAGUGGCCGACGUGAACCAGGAAGGUUUCGUGCAGCGCAUAGCGAUAUAUCUCCUCAACUCGCUUGCGUGCCAGGUCGACGGCACCCAAAAGCAGUUCCUGGGCAACCAUGGUGCGAUAGGGAAAAUGUUGAACCUGAUCGCCGACCGGCUGGAGCGGCGGCUAUGCGACGACGUGCUGGAGGUGGCGUGGUCCACCAUGUGGAACGUCACGGACGAGACCCCGCAGAACUGCCAGCGCUUCCUCGAUAACCGCGGCAUGGAGUUUUUCCUUGCCUGCCUCAAGAGCUUCCCAGAUAAGGAGGAGUUGUUGCGCAACAUGAUGGGCCUGCUGGGCAACGUGGCGGAGGUGGCGGAGCUGCGCCCGCAGCUCAUGAACAAGCUGUUCCUGUCCGUGUUCUACGAGCUGCUCGAGUCCUCCAGCGACGGCAUCGAGGUGAGCUACAACGCCGCGGGCGUGCUGGCGCACAUGGCGUCGGACGGCCCCGCCGCGUGGACGGUGGACGAGCCGGAGCGCGAGGCGGUGCUGGCGCGCGUGGCGGCCGCGGUGGAGCGCUGGGACCUGCACGCCGAGCGCAACAUCAACUACCGCUCCUUCGAGCCCAUCCUCAGCCUGCUGCACGCGCACCACACGCCGCAGUGCCAGCACUGGGCCGUCUGGGCGCUCGCCAACCUCACCACCGUCUACCCGGACAAGUACUGCGGCUUGGUGGAAGCCGAGGGCGGACUCAAGCUGCUGGUGGACCUGCUGAACCACCCCUCGCCGUACGACCUCAUCAAGGACCUCGCCUGCACCGUCAUCGGGAACUGCGCGCGCUACGCUAACCGCGUCGCCCCCGCGCUGCCUGUCCCGCUCUCCCCGGACAAUUAACUAACGGAGUACUUCGAGGACAUCAGUCCUCGGCUAGAAGAUUAGCCCCGUGCGAAGAAUAAAGGUAACGUAGGUGUCGGCAAAUCCCGGCUUGAGAAUUGAGACCCCUGAAAACUAAUAUGUUUAAUAUACUUGCCGACCCCUGUCUUAUCUCUUUCAUCGCCAUUCGCCUCAUACAAAAAUGUCACUAUUACUACAAACUGUCGAAGUCAAAAUAAAUUUCUUGGAUUAUUUGCAAGCUAAUUAUAGAUGGCGGUGCACGGCGCCAUACAAUUUAUAGUCUUCUUCAGCACACCAGCGGGUAAAGACUCUAUAACAAGAUAAUAGGGUUGAUUGUUCAAUAACUGAUGAGAAAGUUGCGUUUUAUCGACAUGUGGGGCAAAGUAAUCAAAUGCAAAUUUUGAGUUGUUUGCUUAAGUUGGCUGGUAGAAUUAACUUUUAAAUGAUGAUCUUGAAUGAUAAAAAUUAAACAACCUUCAUUUUGAAUUGAUUUGCUUCGAUGUUGUUUGAUAUUUACAGUUAGUAUUUUCCUUUUGUUGGUGUGGUGAAAAAUUUUGUGUUUCACUCGGUGGCAAAAUUUGUUUAACUGCUUUUGCCUUGAAAUCCUCGCAACGCUCAAGAUUCCAUUUUUCGAAUCUUUCGCUUACUCGGGUAUCAAUAUUGGCACGAGAGGUUAAACAAUAACUUUGCCCCCUUGUAGAAAGUCGACUCCCGUCCGAUUUUCUCAUUUAAAUUUGAAAUUUGAUUAAUUGAAAUAAUAUCAAAAUUCCAACAACUCCAAAACGACGAAUGCCAUCUGAAGAGUGCAAUAGUUAUUUGUUUUACAAGGGGGCAAAGUUGUUGUUUAACCGCUCGUGCUAAUAUUGAUACCCGAGCAAUCGAACGAUUCCAAAAUUGAACCACGAGCGUAGCGAGUGGUUCGAGAAGUGGAAUCUUGAGCGUUGCGAGGGUUUCAAGGCACGAGGAUUGAACAAACUUUGCCUCCGAGUGAAACACAACAAAUUUCACCACACCAACGCGAGGAAAAUAAUAACUAUGAAAUACCAAAAAAAAAACAAACCAAAUCAAAUCCAAAUGAACGUAAUUAAAUAUUUAUCAUCCAAAAUCAUAAUUUAAAAGUCAAUAAAAUUCUACCAGCUAACAAAUGGAAACGACUCAAAAUUUGCAUCUGAUUACUUUGCCCCACAUGUGGAUAAAACGCAACUUUCUUAUUAGUUUUUGAACAAUCAAGAGGUCCUUUACCAGUUGGUGUGGUGAAAAAUAAUUUACUAUUUAAUUCAACCGCGAACGUACAGUCAGCGUCAAAUACUUUGUAGCAGUCAAAGUGGCCAAAUAGUUCGGUACACCAUACUAAAUAUAUGGUGUACCGAACUAUUUGGCUACUUUGGUUGCUACAAAGUAUUUGACGCUGACUGUACACCUAAAUAGGACAGUGUACUACGACCAAAACAUGGGACGGAAAGAGAAGUCUAACUACAGAAUUGCUGCACCUUGUUUUGAAUACAUUACGACAUUAUUUGACAAUGUGUCAACAUGAACAUAACCAACAAAAGUUAAUAAAGUAACUUGUGUAAGUAAUACACAAUUAUUGGGCUAGAUGCUCACGUUCGGACCAUUUGCUCUUACUCGGCGAUAUCGUUAAAUUUUAAAACUGUAUCCUGCUUUAGGUGUACCUGUGAGAAUAGAUCGUAUCUACCCAUGAUUGUCAUGUUGAUCGUAGAUACCCAUGUCUUUCACGAAAUUUUGUUUCGAUGUAUUGAUGGAUUGUUUCUAGGUAAUACGGGCACGACACCUCGCUCCUCUUUUAGGCAUUAUUGGCAAACAAAUUCGUUGCAAAACCACAAACAUAAGUUACAUCGAAACUUGUCACCUUAUUAAAUUCCUCUGUCAAGCAAACUACCUAUGCUGCACUAAACAUAGUAUAACGCAAUGUAGUAGUAGUACUUAUACACACCGAGAUGUUGAUCGCAACAGAAUAAGAUUUGAGCUGACGACCAGAAUAUAAGAUGUAACAAAAGUGGUAGUAGUGUACCUUUUUCUUUGAAUGGCGAAUGUACCGCUUCAACGGUGAACUUGCUGCUGUAUACAGUUCUGCAAAUACAUAUUUUUACAAAUUAUGUUUAUCUGAUGGAAGUUUUAAAAGAAACUGAACCAAUAAAAACAUACUUGCAGGCGUUUUCGUUAAAUAUUUAGAAAUUAAAUUGUAAUAUUGGGUUCUGAACAGUAGUUUUAACUUUCUUAUAACAAAUAUACUUCACGUCGUGGUGCCAAUUUAACAAGUAACAUGUAUUAUUUAAACAACUGUUUUAUGUCAAUAACAGUUGAGGUUGAUAACUUUUUUGUGCGGUUGUUUGAUGUUAUACUAAUUAUCAGGACAAAAUAUGGAGUAAAAAUAGUCAUACAUUCAAAAAUCUUACUGUAUUACCGUAACAGACUUAAUGUUUUACAAAUAUUUUAGUUGUCAAUGUCGUGUUACACCAUGCUAAAAAAGGAACGUGGUUGAAUUUACCUAAAACUGAAGGGCAAGUAUGAAUUUUAUGAGAUGAUUUUUUCGACUAAGGUCUUUGUCUUUUGGUUUGUCUAAAGGUCUUUGUUUCUUUUAUCCACAGCGGUCAGCUCCCGUCUUCACGGCACGUGCUAAAGCAACAAUGUCGUUAAAAUAUCUUCUCAUACAAUUAAUACUAUACAUCUCACGAACUUUGUGGCGCCACGUAAAAGAACCAGCAAUACUGUAGAAUCGAUAAUAUUGAACCUCAAUUGGUUUUAUUAAGUUUAGUGAACGGGAUAAAUAGUUGUGAACUUCAGCAGCAAGUCAUCGGACACCCGCCAGUAGCGGACUGCGUGGCAUCGACCAUGGCUCUUUUCCGCAGGAAUUAGUUGUAAACGAAUUUAUUAAUGGGAUUUGAGCCGCAACCCCGUGUCGUAAGAUUUGUGUUAGUCUAACCAACUUAGCAUAGUCUACACGAGCGAGGCCACUGUACAUCUAAUCGGGGUUUUAUUAUAGCGUUGAAUCGAGCUUAGUGACACGUUUCAUUGCUUGGAGAUUUGAGGCAUCGAUGACGGAGAAACCCUGUAUGUGAUAAUGAAGAAUAAUGUUACAGUCAAUUAUAAUACAUUAUUUGAAAUAUGUUUGCAGUCGGAUAUGACAAUUUGUUUAAAAAUGAUGGUUAGUAAAACGCAUAUUACUCCAAGCAAUGAUUGUGUAAGCACAUUUAGAUAAAUCUACACAUCUACUUGUCUGUUGAAACCGAAACAAAGUAUAUGUAACACAUUAUAUCGUUUAUUCUAUAUGUACACUAGUGAGUUAUUUUUAGUGUUUAUAUAUUAAGUGUAUUGAUUGUGUACAUACAUUAUGAUAGUGUAGGCAUAUUUAUUUCAAUUCCUUCUAUAAUAACAAAGUAUUAAUACUAUAACACUAAACUGUGUUUUAAAAUAAGUAAAUAAUUACGCCUCACAUAGUGCUAUCAAAACAAUAUGUUGUAAUUACUGUUAUGAAACAAAAUUAAAGAAAAAAUCAAAACCUUAUUCAUAUAUACGAGGGACGAUAUUGAGACAGUUGAUAUGUCUAUAAAUUGAAUGAAUUCAACUGUCUCCCACAUCGUCAUUGACAAGUUGUUGUUUGUAAGGAAUGCAGUAAAACCGAACUAUUUUAUAGCUAGGAACGUGGUACCAACAAUGACACAGUCACCUGACCAUUCGUAACCCUCAUGGUCAGUGGUCAGCUGGGUGACUUGCUGAUAGUUAGUUUAUAAUACCACCAAUCUAACUGCAGCAGAUCGGAUGGAAUAUAUGUAAUAAGUAUUCCGUGCCGUGCAGCAUUCGGUAUCUAGUGUUGUAUACUCCUAUAUUUUCACAACCUUGUUCUGGACACCGUUAUGCCUAAAUUACGAUCACGGUAGAUUUUGACACCUACGUACUUAAUCCAAUUAUUAUAUGGCUAAAUUUACACCUCUGCCUGACAAAACUGAUGAGUCCCGUUCGAUCAUGGAUCACGGUUGAACAGCAAGCCACGAAAUGGAAUCGACGUAAGUACCGCCAUGGUACCGCUACUAAGUUCAGUCAGUCCCAUCUACAGCAUUACCGCUUAACUCAGAGAGGUUCGUGAAGUAGUUGAGCAGUAGGCAGCGGUUACCAAGUAGAAGGUAGCUUAAUCAGGGACUGUAUGUAGUUUAUUAAGUAUAUUUUUUUACUUGCAGAUCAUAAAACCAGCCAGCACACAGGCAAAUCCUCAACCAAACUAGUAUUCGUCCAUUAGAACUCAUCAUGAGUUAAGCGGUAGACCUAUUCUUGACGCGGCCAAUGAUGAUCUGUAUGACAAUUCCUUUGGGUAGACUUAAUUUAAAAAAUAAAAGAGGUGUUUACAAAAUGUUUAUUACUUAAUUGUUGUUGUUACAUUUCUGAAUAAAAAAUGUGUAUAGUACCAAAAAAGUCCAAAAACAUUUAACAUUGACAGUUAUUCAAUCAUCAUUGUAUGAUCAUUGGCCGCGUCAAGUAUAAAAUAUAAAGACUAUAUUGUAUUUAUAGAAUACUUGUAAUAACCAUCUGGAAGGACUUUAUAAACAACUUUAAUGUCUUCUAAUGUAACGAAUUGUAAAUACUUUUAUCAGGGCGUUUCUAAGGGUUUUGUGAAAAAAAAAACAGUAAACUUCAAAUGAAACAAAACUGUUGUUAAGAAACUAUGAUUUUUAGAGUAACUACAAUAAAAAGCUUCUUUUAAUUUAUAUAUUUACCAGUUUUUUAUAUUAUUGUUUCUGUGGGAGUGAUAAUAGGCAGCUUCUUCUUAGCGCAAUCAGUGGGAGCUGUUUACUGAGCUUUUAUCAUAAUAUCUGCCUGCAUCAGCCCAUCACUUGCUGGAAUUGUUAAAGUUAUUAGGCCGUUCUCCCGUUCCCUUUGCCACUCUUGAUUUGAACUCAAUAAUAGUCCAGAGAACGGUACUGCAGGACGUUUGGUGCACUUUCUAUACUCUUCGUCAAUUACCAAAUGCGAUUUUUUGUUGUACGAAGAAAAUUGUGUUUUUUGAUUUGAGCUAGAAUUAAAUAACUCACAUUUUCCGUUACUUUAGCUAUUCUAACCCUAACCUUCGUACGAAAAACUGAACUGAAUUUGGUCAACACAAGCAUGUAGGAUGUUGCAAAUUUCCUUGCGAAAUGGAAAAUACCAAUUUUCAUUGAUAUCUUUUAUUAGAAUAGAAUAGAAUUACGAAAUUGCAGUCGUUUGAAAUUUACAGUUGUUUUUCGGUUCAAGCCCUGUCCUUUAUUUUAGAUAUACAUAUAUUAUUAAAAAUUAUAAAUAUACACGUUUUUAUUGUAGUUGGGAUUUGGCGGAACGUGCGAUAACGACUCCCGGCCGCGUAUAAUACUAGUUAACUUACAUUCUAUUUUUCGAUCAUUGUAGGUUAAGUUCCAUACGUGUAUGUACUUAUGUAGCGAUGGUGAUUAGUACAGCAUGAAGCGGUACACUGGCGCGGCUUGCACGUCUUACUGCGUCUCGCGUGUGGCACGGGCGCCACUUAUAUGCAAGUUGUAUAAAGAGUUGCAGAAAGAUGUGCUGUCUGGUCACUGACGGUGUCGCUCUAUUAUUGUAUUAUAUAUGUAGUAACAGAAAAAAAGAGCUAAUUUUGUUAGAGUAGUGUGCUAACUGAAAUUAUUCAAUCAAUUCUAAUGUUCUUAUUUUAGAUAAUUUCGUUCUCCAUAUUGGGUGGUUAUUGCAACGUGAAUAUCUGUAUCUUUAAACAGCUCUAUAAAAACUACCUACUUGAUUACAGUCAUUAGUGCAGUUACUGCAGUUAUCAUUUCGGUAUGCUUUUUAGUCCCUAUUUCAAAAAAAUAUAAAAGACAAAAACGUCUUUUAUAUUUACUUCAAGGAAAUUAGUUACAUUAAGGAAAAUAACACUGAUUCACUAGAAAAACAUAUAAUGUAUCAACUUCGAAAAAUAGUACAUUGUGCAACGAGGGGGCUAAAUGAAAUUUUGGAUACGAGGGUGGUGAUUCCUGACAGCCGCAGGCUGGAGGGAAUUAAAGACCCGAGCUUGCAAUAUUCUUACCCCCGGAGUUACACACAAUGUUUUUCAUCACACUUGCGAAGAAUAAACUAAAUUUUAAACAAAAUAAUUCAUAAAUACGGUGACAUAUCAAACAUUCGUCCGCCAUUUUAUAAUUUUUUGGCAGGUGAGGCAUCGAAGCCACAGAUCUAUUCGGCAUUCAGCCAAGAUUGAAAACAUAUUUUAAACGGCUGUUAAAUUAAAUAAAUAUUAUAGGACGUUAUUACACAAAUUGACUAAGUCCCACAGUAAGCUCAAUAAGGCUUGUGUUGAGGGUACUUAGACAACGAUAUAUAUAAUAUAUAAAUACUUAAAUACAUAGAAAACACCCAUGACUCAGGAACAAAUAUCCAUGCUCAUCACACGAAUAAAUGCCCUUACCAGGAUUUGAACCCGGGACCAUCAGCUUCGUAGGCAGGGUCACUACCCACUAGGCCAAACCGGUCGUCAACUUAAUCAAAUUAAAUAAUUUUAAACAUAAACACCAAUAUCAAAUUAUACACGUCAGUAUUUUAAAAGUAAAACUCAUUUAUGCUACUUGGUUUGUAUGAAUAAGUGACAUAAUUAAAGGAAAACGCUAUAACUCCCUAGGGAGUUAUAUAUUUUUUUCACAAUCCAUAACUCCCGCGGGAACAAAAUAGACGUUUGUUCUUCAGCACACCUGCAUGAAAUAAGAUCUUUUUCGAGCAAGUGUGAUGAAAUAUAUAUACCACAUCAGUAAAAUGAAGCCACAUAAUACUUGGAUAAUCGUACUGCGUACCCACAGAAUUCUCACUAUCUAACAGGACCGAUGUAUGGCAGCGAAAGGUUGGCACGAAUCAUGUUGGUUCUCCCUAACGCAUGGCGCCGAUGAGGCGUUUUUAUCUCUAUGUCAUUGCCUUUAAUUGUUAAUCGGAGCAGCCGUGAGCGCAGUGAAAUACUAUUGAUAAGUAAGAAAUACUAUUCCUUAGUUAGGGAAGUCUAGAAUAUGAACAGUAAUUAUGUAGUUAGUGUCAUCCACGAUGACGCGCAGAUUUGUCAAAUCUAACCUUUAACCCUUUUCCACGCCGCACCAAUCUACAAAAUUUUGCCAAAAAAUUCAUAUAUUAUAUUCCAUUAAAUCCAGCUCUGGUGAUUAAUUUGAAGACAAGUCACAUUUUCCGAAAGUGCAAUCUAAUUAGAACCUUAAAUCGGAUGGGUAAGCUUGAAAUUCUAUUGGCGCAUAUGUGGUCGAUAAAUCGUACUAUGCCUGGAAAAGGGUUAAUAACAUGAGAUUACAAGCCAAGGCACGCGUCUUCGUGAAUGACGCGAUGUAUAAUGUACUAUCGUGGGCACAGUUAAUUGGCCUUUCGAAAUCUUUUUUGCAACGAGAUAACUUCUACUAGUGAUCUAGUCCACAGCUGAAGGUAUUAUCUAAUAAACUAAAAACAAUAUGAGUAUUGCAAAUAGAAAAUAUAUUCACGCGUCCCUGUUAUUGUGUGCCUGUUAGUUCUUAAGUAAACUUAAAUAUUUUGAAUGUGAAACGGCAUCAUUUAAUCGAGGUUGUCACAGUUGGAUAUCUUGAACAAGGAACGUGUUGAAGUUCUGACUGUUGAAAUUUACAUUGUAGUGUAAAAGGUCAAGGUGAUAUAAAAUUAUUCCAUCAGACGUCUUGGCGGAUAUGAUAACAGGACAGGACUCGGACGUGAAUAUUUUUUUAUUGUUGUUUAGGCGUUAUGAAUCUAAAACUCGACUUUAUGGUUUGAAAAUUGUGUCCGUGAACCGAUGCAAUUCAUAAGUAAAUUUAACAAUAAUAAAUUACAUACGCAUAGAGCGUCAUGUACUCGUAAAAUACGAAGUAGGGGGAAGUAUGGAGGAUUCGUACACUUGUUACUCUAAUUAUUAUAAGACUAAAGCUAAUUACUAUUGAAAACAGUAUGUUGAGUAGUCUAAUAGUCUUAUAUUUACCUGGCUUUCAUAAUAAUUAAUAAUACACUUUUGGUGUUGAUACUAAGUGGCAUGUCCACUGUUUAUGUAAAUAAAAAAAUUUGUUUAUACGAAAGUCCCUACUCGGCAGGUAGCAUUUAGUUCAUACCGCACAUCUAUCUUCGCAGCAUAUGUAUCCAUCGCUUGUCAUUGUAUGUGCGUAUUCUUCACACUUUUCCCUAUUAGUUUUAGAUCAUAUUUUGUAUUUUUUUAACUAGAUCUUUGUCUCCAAUGGAAUUGAAAUUAUGAUGUUUCUAUAAUUGUGUUUAUUUAGAAAAUAGAGUAGGUACGAUACUUAGCACCUACUCUAAUUGACCUAGCACUUGUAAUUUCUAUUCUACAUUUGCAUGGACCUUAUACAAUUAAUUUAAGAUUCUUAGCAUACAAUAUUAAAUAAAAUUGUAAUUGUGAUCAGCGUUCUUAGAUGUGAGAAUUAUGGUAUAUGCAUAUAACAUUUUUAUCGCUGUAGCUUCGUUUUUAGAUGAUUAGUUAGAAUUUACAAAUUUUCGAGAUACAUCUUCGAAAUACAUCUAAUUAUCGAGCAUGGAGUGCAAUGCGAUGUAAUUAUUUCAUUUGCUUUGAUUUCGUCACCUGAUAUUAUUUUAAAGCUUUGUUUGUAUUUUUGUUUCUUGUUAUAAAAUCAUUCUCUUCUAAUUGUUUAAACAGUUCAGUUGUGCUUUGUUGAUUAAGUAAAAUUUUAGUAAAUAGUACAGUCAGCGUCAAAUACUUAGUAGCAACCAAAGUAGCCAAAUAGUUCGGUACACCAUAUAUUUAGUAUAGUGUACCGAACUAAUUGGCCACUUUGACUGCUACAAACUAUUUGACGCUGACUGAACCAGAACCUUGAGUGUUGUUUGCUAAUGCGAUUAUUAGAUUUGUUUUUCUGACUGCAUCAUGUAGAUGUUAUAUAUCGUAUAUCUAUAUUCGUGCUUGAAGCUCCUUUGUUCAAUAUCUGGCAAAUUAAAUAAUUGUUCCGCCCAAUUGUUAAAAUAAAAGCUGUUUACGCUAGUUAUGAGCAACUCUUGUAAUUUGAUAAUCACAUGUGUCCUAAACAUGAGUUUAACUAUUAUCAAACAUUGUUUCAUUUUUUUUAUUAUAUUAGGAACUAAAUAGCCUAAAAUAUAUACUUAAGUUAUUUGUUAGAUGCAUCAUCUCGAUUAACUUUAUUCCUUUAAUGUUAAAGCUGUUAUUUAUAUCGAACACACUGUCUUUAUUAAAGGAAAUGUCGUUUUAGAGAUUGCAUGUUUUAAAUAAAUAAAUUAUUUAAA